ACACUCAAGCUGCUAGUAUUUUGCUUGCCAUCUAUCUUGUGGUAAUCACAGUAGUAAAUGACACGGUUUCUCUGGUUGAUUUUGUCUCCUACACACUAAUUGCUGUGAUGUUUGUCUUUCUGAUGUCUCCUCUUGCAAUUCCAAUCAAAAUGACACUUUUUCCUGCAACAAACAAGAAAUUCGGACCAGUAUCCGGUUCUUCUGACCAUUUGGAUCAGGGAGAAGGUGAUCAAACCCAAACUCCUUUGUUGCCACCAUCUUCAUCAGCCUCACUCCUUGGGAGCUUUCAUGAGAACGAUGAUGAUUCAGAUGUCGAAACACUUCUUGCUGAAGGGGAAGGGGCAGUGAAGAAGAAAAGAAGACCAAGGAGGGGUGAGGAUUUCAAGUUUGGUGAAGCUUUUGUUAAGGCUGAUUUUUGGCUUCUUUGGUUGGUAUAUUUUCUUGGGGUUGGUUCUGGAGUAACUGUACUUAACAACUUGGCACAAAUUGGGGUUGCAUUGGGUGUUGAUGACACAACUAUAUUAUUGUCUCUCUUCAGCUUUUGGAAUUUUAUUGGUCGUCUGGGUUCGGGUGUAGUUUCAGAAUACUUCGUAAGAUCAAAAGCAACUCCUAGAACCUUAUGGAUGACAUGCACCCAAAUAAUCAUGGUGGUAGCUUUCGUUUUGUAUGCUCUGGCUCUCAAUGGUACCCUUUACGUCGCAACUGCACUACUUGGAGUCUGCUACGGGUUUCAGUAUUCAUUGAUGGUUCCGACUGCAUCGGAGCUCUUUGGAUUGAAACAUUUUGGCAUCAUUUACAAUUUUAUGCUGCUUGGAAAUCCUAUUGGAGCACUACUUUUCUCUGGUCUGCUUGCUGGUAAUGUAUAUGACGCGGAAGCCACUAAACAAGGAAACUCAACUUGUUUGGGUCCUGAUUGCUUCAGACUCACAUUCCUGAUUCUAGCUGGCAUUUGUGGUGUCGGCUCAAUCUUGAGCAUCAUUUUGACUCUUAGGAUCCGGCCAGUUUAUCAGUCUCUCUAUUCUUCGGGUUCUUUCCGUCUCCAGCAAGCUUCAGACCACUGAUAAUCUUCAUGCAAUAGAUACGGGCCAGUUCCUAUAGCUAGUAAUUAUAUACCAUAGCAAUAGCUGCUGGAGUCACAGGUUGCAUAGAUAUGGUUUAUGGGAAGAUUUGUUUAUAAUUUGGAUUGGAAGUAAGUUAUGAUGAGUUAAAUUACUUCCCCUAUUGGCAAAAAAUAUCAAUAUUAAUAAAAUGCAGCAUAGGGAUGGUAGAAUUUUACCAUGAAUCUAUUGAUUCUGCA